AUGGCCGCCCCUCUGACCCACCAGAAUGUUGUGGUCAACUGCUACACGGCGCAGGAGACCGUCGAGCUCUGCUCGCGGUCCGGUGUCGCGAAGGCCAACAUGCGCCUCGACAAGAUGUUCAUCAGCUCCGUUCUCGCCGGAAUGCUCUUGGCCUUUGCAUGCGCGGCGUCGCUGAGCACGCAGACUGCGCCUUGGUACCAGGAGAAUGCUCCGGGUCUGAUCAGAAUGAUUGGCGCUAUCAUUUUCCCGUUUGGUCUCACGAUGAUUGUUGUGACGGGGGCGGAUUUAUGUACUGGUAGCUUCAUGUUCACUACCAUUUCGGUACUCCACGGGAGACUUUCUGUGUGGAAGAUGCUCCGUCACUGGGCUGUCACAUUUGUCGGGAAUCUUGCUGGCUCUCUGUUCAUCGCCUGCCUCUUGAUGGGAGAGGGAGGUGUGUUCGACAGCGAUCCCUUCAAAACGCAAGCCAUCAACUUCGCAAACAAGAAAGUUGUCACACCUAUGUGGCAUCAGAUCUUCCUCCGCGGUAUCGGCGCCAACUGGCUUGUGUGUCUAGCAUGCUUUCUGGCCUUCAUGGCUCGCGAGUUCUUCAGCAAGGUCGCGGCAGUAUGGUGGCCGACAUUCGCAUUCGUGUGCCUCGGCCUCGAUCACGUCGUGGCUAACAUGUUCUUCAUUCCCAUUGCCAUCUUCGUGGGCGACCCGUCGAUCUCGAUCGGUUUCUACAUCUGGAAGUCUAUGAUUCCUACGCUCAUUGGUAACAUCAUCGGCGGCGGGUUCUUCGUUGGCGCAGCAUAUUGGUACCUGUACUUGACCGGCGACACGAAGCCCGUUCCUAUCGAUGGCGCUCUCUUCGGCUUAGAUGGCAUUCCAAUCAUGUCGUCCACAUGGGAAGCCGAAGAGCAGAGGCGCCGUCAGUCAUCAGCCGGUGGCAAGAGCGCGGACAACAUGGUCUAG